CAGAGUACAUGUAUGUUUAGUUAUCAACUGGAUAGACACGUUGACUGGACACGACGGCAUUUAAUUUUCCUUACGUCGAAGAUGUUGCGUAAGUUACUUGCGGUUAAUAAUAAAUCAUGAACGAUUCUUUGUCGAAAAGAAACAUUUAUCGGAAUGUACGGAAAAUAGCUUUGCUGUGCGUUGCUUGGUAUUCAUUGAGUGCACUUGGAAACAUUAUUGGCAAAGUUGUUUUAACAGAUUUUCCAUUCCCAACCACUGUAUCACUGUCCCAUUCAGCUGCUGUUAUACUUUUACUUGGUCCCGUGUUAAACAAAUGGAAGAUUCCACCCAGAAUUCCAAUAAAAAAAAGAUAUUACUUUUAUGUUAUUAUUCCUCUUGCUAUCGGCAAAGUGUUGGCUUCGGUUUCAUCACAAAUCAGCAUUUAUAAAGUUCCUUUGUCAUAUUCUCACACAGUAAAAGCUUCGAUGCCAAUAUUCACCGUCCUAUUAACUCGUUGUUUGUUCAAUCAGAAACAAUCAUGGCAAGUUUACUUUUCUUUAUUACCGAUUGUAUGCGGCAUUGCAGUGGCAACCAUCACCGAAUUAUCUUUCAACCUCAUUGGUCUGUUCACCUCUUUAUUCGCAACUGUCAACUUUUCGCUACAAAAUAUUUAUUCCAAGAAAGUUAUGCAAGAUACACGCAUCCACCAUCUGCACUUACUACAAUUACUUGGUUAUCUUUCAUUUAUUCUUACAAUUCCUGUGUGGUUGUUUACAGAUGUAAGGCAAUGGUUUGCUCAAGAAAACCAAAUCAACAGGACCAAGAUGUAUCAACCCUUCACCAUAUUCUUGCUGCUAUGUUUGGAUGCUGUUUGUAACUUCGGGCAGAACAUGGUUGCGUUUACCGUCGUAUCGUUGAUCUCCCCAUUGUCUUACUCUGUCGCGAACGCAACUAAACGAAUCGUGGUGAUCAGCGCUUCACUUGUUGCACUGCGGAACCCGGUUACGUUGACGAACAUUGCUGGGAUGUUGGUCGCUAUUGCUGGAGUGCUUUGUUAUAACAAGUGAGAACCAUGGUUCGGCUCGUCCAACCGUCACCACUAUCCUGCUCUCAUUUCACUCAAAACUUUAGUUCAAAGACCCAACUUUCAGAUCUUCGUUCGUCUUCCUGAUUUGCCAUCAAGUUAUUUUAAGUAGGGCUUCUGACCGCUUCGCUACACCCGCUCUGCUCUACUAUCUACUCACGGUUUGGAAUUAAUGUUUUAAACGCAGCGCUGAAUGCAUAGUGAGUACAUCACAUGCAAUAUUCGCGGACUCUAGAUAACGGAUAUCCAACCCCGCUUGGAGAUCCUCAGAUAACCUACCGACCCCACCAUGUCUGCAUCUUUGUUUCAUCUUUGCUAACAAUGACAACCACCCAACAUGCUGUGGUGACGUCACGAUCAUUAUUCACUGGUGGUCUAAUCAGCGUAGUUCUUAGUUACGGUUCUUCGAGUUCAUAAUCUUCCUGUAUUUGAUAUACCUUGCCAACGAUUCUUAUAAGAUGUCGCAAACCUCUUACGACUUAUAGUUUUUGAAAACAAUGUUGUACGGUUCUGCAUUUUGAAUUUAUUAUGCCGCAAAUAGACUCAGAUAUACAUAGCG